CGUCCCCCAACUGACCACCACUCAACUCGACUGGUGGAAUAGACGACGACGGAGCUUUACUAUGAACCUUUAGAUUACUUUCUUUCUAUCCUGUACAACUUUUGUUUUCUUCCGUUCUCUUCGUCCUCUUUCCCCAUCCGUUGAACCUUCCCGGUUAAUCCUCCCCAUUCGAAGCCGACACCGCGCCCAUUUCCCGUCAACAUACAAACCAGCAUUCUGUCGCAAAUCCACGUCACAACCUUCGGUCGGCCUCUAUGAGCUCUGCGAGCCGUCUUUCAUAGAGUUACAACUAUGGAGGUUGCUAAUGCGGAAGUGUCAAAUGGCGUCCCUGCGCCAGCGCAAACACCUUUGGUUGAUUCAAAUGCGGUGAUCGAGUACCUGAGCGAAGUGCUGCGGGUGACUUUGGGGGCUCUGAGAAGUGAGCUUGAAAGCACCGGCAGUUUACUCUCCCCAGCAAGAUACAACGAGACCGUGCAGCGGUGUACGCGAUUUGCGUCGGAGUCGCAAGUUGCCCUCUAUGUACAGAAGGAUGUUGUGGCCUCUGAAGAAGCAAAUGGAACGGAGACAGGUGAAGACCUGUCGUCCAAAUACGUCUACAACCUUUCCGCCGAGAUCUCGUCCUCCUCGACCACGGUCGCUACGGUAGUUUUCAUUAAACGGCCCACCGCCAUUGACCCAUCACUCCCCAUACCAUCGCAGAUCCAAGUCGUGAACUUCCCUGGUCCAGCGUCGCUCAGCAAUGCCCAAUCCCAGCAAGGAGCGUCUCAGUCGCCCUAUGAAAUUCUACACUUAAUGGUGCACCACGGACUGAAUGCCUACUUCGAAGCCAACACUCGGAGCCAAGAAGCAGCUGGUGGCGCAAAGCCCAGGACAGAUACAGAGGCAAAGACCGGCGUGUCUAGUACGAAGAAGAAAUUCGCGGAACUGGAACUUGGACUUCGGCAUUUGCUGCAAAAUGUUGAAAUCCCGGCGUUGAACCUGCCACUGCAUGAGGUGGUCCAGGCUGCCCUGGUCGAUGCAGAAAAGCGCGGCGUCAAGCCUUCGGUUGAACUGAUCGACCCUGCCAUCUUGGAGAACAGUACGUUUGUCAAUAGCAUCCAGAACACCGUGAAUGCCUGGAUCCGCUCCAUCCAGACGAUUACCAAGAUGUCCCGCGAUGCCGAGAGCGACUCGGCCGCCCAAGAGAUCAACUUCUGGCUAUCCAUGGAAACCGCACUUGAAGGAAUCGAGAACCAGUUGCGGGGUGACGGAGUUCAGCUAACGAUGGAUAUCCUCCGACAUGCGAAGCGUUAUCAGGCCACUCUUAGUUUCGUAGCCGACACAGGUCUUCGCGAAGCAACUGAUCUUGUGCAGAAGUACAACCAGCUCAUGCGGGAUUUCCCGCUCGACGAACUUCUCUCGGCGACUACCCUGCAGAAGGUGCAAGAGUCUCUUAACUUGAUCUUCAACCAUCUCAACAAAAAGUUGAAGAUCUGUCCCUACCCGAUCAAGCGUGCUCUUGCUCUUGUGGAAGCCAUCUCUGGGGACCUAGACAACCAGAUUCACUCCUUGCUCCAGGGCCGGACCAUUUUGCACUUGGACUACCGUGAGUUCCGUUCUCUUAUGAAGACUGCUGGUGCGAUUUGGCGGACUUGGGACGAAAACCUGAAGGAGUUCACCAAUGUCGCUCGAGAGUCUACUAGACGCCGGAACGAGAAGUUCAUCCCCAUCAAGAUCGCCGCGCGCCAUGAGAAGACGCAGGAAAGAUUGAAAUAUAUCAACACAUUCCGGGUCAACCAUGAGCAGUUGCAGCGAACGAUCGUCAACGUCCUUGGUCCGAAGACUUCGUCUGCGGGAGAUACGGCUGCCGGAGCUGGUUCUGACGGGGCCGUUAUCGUUGAGGAAAUUGGCGACGUCGACGCAGUUGAAGAGGUGGCGCAAGCUUACGCCGCUCUGCGGAACGUGGAUGUGCUCGAUGUUUCUCCCGAAGGAACUCAGCAGUGGAUCAAGGAGGAGAUCGCGUACAAUGAACGUACCUCCCGCGUUGAGAACUCAAUCAUUGCCCGUCUGCGUGAUCGUCUUGCUACCGCAAAGAACGCAAACGAGAUGUUCCGCGUCUUCUCAAAGUUCAACGCUCUUCUCGUCCGCCCAAAGAUUCGCGGUGCAAUCGGCGAGUACCAAACUCAGCUCAUCGAGAAUGUCAAGCAGGACAUUUCUUCGCUGCAUGAGCGGUUCAAGCAACAGUAUGGCCACUCUGAAGCACAUGCUAUGGCGCAAUUGCGAGAUCUGCCCCCCGUGUCAGGCGCCAUCGUCUGGGCACGCCAGAUUGAGCAUCAGUUGGAUGGCUAUAUGGGCAAGGUAGCAAACGUGCUUGGAGAGGACUGGGCCUUGCAUUCCGAAGGUCAGAAGCUUCUGGCCGAGAGCAAUUUGUUCCGGAAGAAGUUGGAUACUCGACCAGUCUUUGAAUCGUGGCUGCAUGACGUGCAGAGACGGCAUAUCACGAUCUCGGGACGUCUUUUCAACAUCAUUCGUAACCGAGCCGCAGGAAACACGUUUGAGCUGACCGUCAAUUUCGACGCGCAGAUUAUUGCUCUUUUCAAGGAGGUCAGAAACCUCAUCUGGCUCAACUUCCAGGUACCUCAUGCGGUGAGCAACAUCUCGAAGGAAGCCAAGCGCGUGUAUCCGUACGCCAUUAGUUUGAUGGAGAGCGUCAGAACCUUGCUCCAGACCAAUCGCUCUAUUGCGGCCAUGACUGAAGUUGCGAUUCUUCUGAACGGCUACGUCAAUGACACCCAAAGUAUGAUCAUAAAGGGUGUUCCCCUCCGUUGGGAAUCGUUUGUGCAUUCCUACGAACUUCAUGUCAAGCAGUCAGCAUUGGCUAAUGGAGCCAUUGACGCGGCCAUCCCAACCAGGGGCGAGAGCAAGCAUGUUCAAUUCGUUCGGGAGUUCGCUGGGUCGGCAUCUGUACUCCAGUCGAAGACAGCUGUUUUGGCUUCGAUAAACGAAAGCAUCCAGAAGGCAACCCAUGAACUCAAGACUUGCCCUUACGAAGCGGCUGCAUUUAGGCAGCGCCUGGACGCCAUCCAAGUUGCCGUUGAUAAGCUGAACCUCGAGAACUAUGUUAACCUUGGUUAUUGGGUGGCCAACUUGAACCAGAAGAUCGAAGGCAUCUUGCGCGAACGUCUUCAUCGUGCUAUUCGCGAGUGGAUCAACUCCUUCCAGGAAGCAGCCCACGGCUCGCAGAGCCUUCAAACGUCCAGCGGAGUGCAGACAGGUGAAGGAGAGACGCUCUCGUACAACAUCGAAUUCCCAGAGCUCACCCACGAGAUCUCCAUGCGCAACCAGUUCCUCCAUCUCGACCCACCGCUCCAAUAUGCUCGCGCGAGUUGGUUCGCGCACUUUGAUAACUGGCUUGGUGUGAUCUGCAACCUCGAGAAGAUCAAAUCAUCUCGUUAUCAAAUCUCGAUUGACGUACAGAAGGUCCAGUUGUCUGAAGCAUGCUUCGCCACUCUCCCACAGCACUGUACCAACGAGUUGGGUCAAGUCUACAAUGCAGUCGAAUCGAGGUUGAGUGAAGUAUCUGCAUAUGUUGACAAGUGGCUGCAGUUCCAGUCCCUUUGGGACUUGCAGUCCGAACAAGUCUAUGACAUUCUGGGUGACGAUCUGUCUCAGUGGCUCCAGCUACUUCAGGAGAUUCGCAAGAGCCGUGCUACGUUCGACACAUCGGAAGUGAGCAAGUCGUUCGGGAAUAUCAAGAUCGAUUACGAGCAGGUUCAGACACGGGUUAAUGCAAAGUAUGACCAGUGGCAGCAUGAGAUCUUGCUGAGAUUCGGCUCCAAGCUCGGUGGCCGGAUGAGAGAGGUUCAUUCUGAAAUCGCCGCUGCCCGACGCGAUCUUGAAGGCCAGACCCUGGAGGCUGCCUCCACGGCCCAUGCGGUUUCAUUCAUCACGAUUGUUCAGCAAUGCAAGCGCAAGGCAAAGGUCUGGGAACCGGAGGUUGACCUUUUCCGGCAAGGCCAGGCCACACUCGCACGCCAACGCUAUCAGUUCCCUAGUGAUUGGCUUCACGUCGAAAACGUCGAUGGUGAAUGGGCCGCGCUGAACGAAUUGCUUGCACGAAAGAGCAAGAUCGUCCAGGACCAGACAGAAGGAUUGCGCGCAAAGAUCUCGGCAGAGGACAAGGUUAUUAGCGACAAGAUCACAGAAGUUAUCAGCCAGUGGAACGAGGAAAAGCCCGUGUCUGGUACCAUCCCCCCCGAAGAAGCAUCUCGUACUUUGAGCAUGUUCCAGUCUCGACUCGAAUCUCUCCAAUCCGAAUAUGAAAUGGUCUCGAAGGCGAAAGAGGCUCUUGAUCUCCCGGCCGGCGUUGAAUCUUCUCUGCCUGCGAUCCUGGAAGAGGUCCAGGAUUUCAUGUCUGUCUGGGCCGCUCUAUCGACUAUCUGGAAGAGCCUUAAUGACCUUAGGGACAUGCUUUGGACAAGCGUGCAACCGAGAAAGCUUCGUCAAUCUAUCGAUGGCUUGAUCAAGAUGACCAAGGAAAUGCCUAGUCGGAUGCGCCAAUACGCGGCCUUCGAACACAUUCAGAAUGUCCUGCGUCAGCUACUGAAGGUCAACCCCUUACUCUCUGACAUGAAGUCUGAGGCUGUCCGUGAGAGACACUGGCAAAAGAUCUACAAGGCCCUGAAGCCUGGCAAGCGAUUCUCUCUCGUGUCGCUGACUCUCGGUGAUGUGUGGGACCUCCAGCUCACUGCGAGCGAGGUUAUUAUACGCGAUAUCAUCGCACAGGCGCAGGGUGAAAUGGCACUGGAGGAGUUCUUGAAAUCCGUGCGUGAGACAUGGCAGAACUAUUCACUGGACCUUAUCAACUACCAGAACAAGUGCCGACUCAUUCGCGGGUUCGACGAUUUGUUCGCCAAGUGCAGUGAGAACCUGAACUCCCUUCAGGCGAUGAAGCAUUCUCCAUACUACAAAGAGUUCGAGGAAGAAGCUACAUCCUGGGAAGACAAGUUGAACAGAGUGCACGUUCUUUUCGAUGUCUGGAUCGAUGUUCAGAGACAGUGGGUCUAUCUUGAAGGUGUCUUCACUGGUAACGCGGACAUCAAGCACCUUCUUCCCCUUGAGUCCAGUCGCUUCCAAAACAUCAACUCCGAAUUCUUCGCUGUAAUGAAGAAGGUGUAUAAGUCUCCCUUUGUACUGGAUGUACUGGCUAUCAAUGGUGUACAGAAAUCCUUGGAAAGAUUGGCCGAGCUGCUGAACAAGAUCCAGAAGGCGCUGGGUGAGUAUCUUGAGCGUGAGCGUGUAUCUUUCCCUCGCUUCUACUUUGUUGGUGAUGAGGAUCUUCUGGAAAUCAUCGGUAACUCCAACGACAUCGUCCGGGUGGCGAAGCACUUCAAGAAGAUGUUCGCUGGUCUGUCCGGUGUUCUCAUGGAUGACGACAACAACAUCGUUGGCUUUACUUCGAAGGAAGGCGAAGAGGUCCGCUUGAAGAAGGAAGUCAAUCUCGUCAAAACGCCCAGAAUUAACGACUGGCUUACUGCUAUUGAGACCAACAUGAAGUUGACGCUGGCCGAGCUUCUUGCUGAAGCCGUGGAGCAGUUUGAGCCGCUUUACAACGCCUCAGAAGUUGACCAGACUGCUUUCAACGACUUCCUCGCCAACUACCCGGCGCAAAUCGUUGUUCUUGCCAGUCAGGUUGUUUGGACCAGCGCUGUCCAGAGAAGCCUAGAGAACGGUGGCAGCACUCUUCAAUCUUUGUUCGACGCCCAGGUUCGGAUUCUGGAGCUGCUCGCUGCCACUGUCCUUGGUGAACUGGAUGCAAUCAGUCGAAAGAAGUGUGAGCACAUGAUCACCGAGUUCGUUCACCAGCGCGAUGUUAUUUCCAAACUUGUCACUGCGAACGCUACCACACCCAUGCACUACCUCUGGCUCCUUCAGAUGCGUUAUGUUUACCAACCCGAAGGGGACUUCCUUCAGAGACUGUACGUUCAUAUGGCGAAUGCGAAGUUGAACUAUGGCUUUGAAUACCUGGGAGUCCCGGAACGUCUUGUCCGCACGCCUCUCACGGAUCGCUGUUUCUUGACACUUACCCAAGCUCUGUGCCAGAGACUUGGUGGUUCGCCUUAUGGACCGGCUGGUACUGGUAAGACCGAGUCUGUUAAAGCGCUCGGUCUUCAAUUGGGACGCUUCACUCUUGUCUUCUGUUGUGACGACACCUUCGAUUUCCAGGCCAUGGGCCGAAUCUUCCUUGGUAUCUGCCAAGUUGGUGCCUGGGGUUGUUUCGAUGAGUUCAACCGUCUCGAGGAGAGAAUCCUCUCUGCUGUUUCCCAACAAAUCCAAAAUAUCCAAAUUGGUCUCAAGAACGGUGAGACUGAUGAAAAGGCUCAGAUUGAACUGGUUGGCAGACGGUUGUCCGUGAACCCCAACACUGGUAUUUUCAUUACUAUGAACCCUGGAUAUGCUGGACGGUCCAACCUCCCCGACAACUUGAAGAAACUGUUCAGGAGCGUUGCAAUGUCUAAGCCCGACAAGGAGUUGAUCACCGAAGUCAUGCUCUUUUCUCAAGGUUUCAAGCAAGCCAAGCACUUGUCGAAGCAGACCGUGCCCUUCUUCGACCACUGCUCUACACAACUGUCGAAACAGGCACACUACGACUUUGGUCUUCGUGCUUUGAAAAGUGUUCUCGUGAGCUCCGGAGGACUCAAGCGUACUAGAAUUGCCAGUUCCGAGGAGGACCUGGGACCUGAUGAAGUCAUCGAGCCCCAGAUCAUCGUUCAGAGUCUUCGGGAGACCAUUGCUCCUAAGCUGGUUCGGGAAGAUGUGGACAGGAUGCUGGAGAUUCAGAAGCAAGACUUCGCCGGUGUGGAGUACGUGCCAGCCAACUACGAGAGACUUACGGCGGCAAUCCGCGACAUCGCCAAGGAACAGCAUUUUGUCGACAGCGAGAUGUGGAUCACCAAGGCUCUGCAGCUCUACCAAAUCCAGAGCAUCCAUCAUGGUGUUAUGAUGGUUGGAAAGUCCGGUGCCGGAAAGUCUGCUGCAUGGAAGAUACUUCUUCAGGCUCUGCAGCGUACCGAGGGCGUUGAAAGCGUUUCCCACAUCAUUGACUCCAAGGUCAUGUCUAAGGAAGCUCUCUACGGUAGCCUGGACGCCACCACCAGAGAAUGGACUGAUGGUUUGUUCACCGGCAUUCUGAGAAAGAUCGUGGACAACCUCAGAGGCGAAGAUUCCAAGCGGCACUGGAUCGUUUUUGACGGUGAUGUCGACCCAGAGUGGGUUGAAAACUUGAACAGUGUGCUUGAUGAUAACAAACUUUUGACACUUCCCAACGGUGAACGUCUGAAUCUGCCGCCCAAUGUUCGUAUCAUGUUCGAAGUCGAAACCCUAAAGUACGCUACUCUGGCCACGGUCAGUCGUUGUGGUAUGGUCUGGUUUAAUGACGAUACUGUCACGCCUUCUAUGAUGAUUUCGAACUACGUCGAGUCUCUCAGAACGCGGACUUUCGAAGACCUGGAUGACGACAGUGCUCCCUCUGGUCAAGCUGCCAUCAAGACUCAGGAUGCCCAGGAUAUGCUGGCCACCAUCCUGAAGCAUUUGUUGCAGACCGAAGACCUCGUCCUGCAGGCCCUCGAGGAGGCCAAGAAGUACAACCAUAUUAUGGAGUAUACUUUCAUUCGCGCCCUCAACACUUUGUUCAGUCUUCUGAACAAGGCCUGCCGCAAUGUUCUCGAGUAUAACAUCCAACAUGUCGACUUCCCCCUUGACUACGACCAGAUCGAGGCUUAUAUCUCUAAGAAGCUUCUUCUUGCGCUGGUUUGGUCAUUCACUGGUGACUGUCCCCUUGCGGAUCGCCAGUCUUUCGGACAGUUCGUAUCUGCAUUGACUACUACCGAUCUACCACCUGAUGGUGCAGCAUCUAUCAUUGACUUCGAUAUCACCCUGCCCAAGUGCGAAUGGGUGAGCUGGCAGUCCCAGGUUCCUACUAUCGAAAUCAACACACACUCUAUCACACAGACCGAUGUGGUCAUUCCUACUGUGGACACUGUUCGUCAUGAAGAUGUUCUGUACUCUUGGCUCGCCGAGCACAAGCCUUUACUGCUUUGCGGUCCUCCAGGUUCCGGUAAAACCAUGACUCUGUUCGCUGCUCUCCGUAAGCUUCCGAACAUGGAAGUAGUCGGCCUCAACUUCUCGAGUGCUACCACUCCUGACCUCCUGAUCAAGACAUUUGAACAGUACUGUGAAUACAAGAAGACGCUGAAUGGAGUCGUGAUGUCCCCUAACCAGAUUGGUCGCUGGUUGGUCAUCUUCUGUGACGAGAUCAACCUUCCAGCUCCUGACCGUUACGGAACCCAACGCGCAAUCUCCUUCUUGAGACAACUGGUCGAGCAGAACGGCUUCUGGAGAACAUCGGACAAGACCUGGGUUACCUUGGACCGCAUUCAGUUCGUGGGCGCCUGUAACCCUCCUACCGAUGCUGGACGUACAGCCAUGGCAGAGAGAUUCCUGCGCCAUGCUCCUUUGGUCAUGGUCGACUACCCAGGAGAGGUUUCGUUGAACCAGAUUUACGGAACGUUCAACUCGGCCAUUCUGAAGAUCCUUCCUUUGUUGCGCGGAUACUCUGAAUCCCUUACUAAGGCCAUGGUGCAAUUCUAUUUGGAGUCUCAAGCUAGGUUCACACCCAAGAUUCAGCCUCAUUAUGUGUACUCGCCUCGUGAACUUACGAGAUGGGUGCGUGGUGUGUAUGAAGCUAUCAAGCCCCUCGAGACUCUCUCUGUUGAAGGCCUGGUUCGCAUCUGGGCGCACGAAGCUCUGCGACUGUUCCAGGAUCGUCUGGUUACGGAAGACGAACGGAAUUGGACCGCAGACGCUGUUCGGCGCAUUGCCCUCGAUAAUUUCCCCACUAUUGAUGACCAGGAGGCUCUGAAGGGUCCAAUCUUGUUCUCUAACUGGCUGUCUAAGAACUACGUGCCUGUUGAACAGGAGAGACUGCGUGAUUUUGUCAAGGCUCGUCUGAAGACAUUCUGUGACGAAGAGGUCGACGUUCCUCUCGUGCUGUUCAAUGAUGUCCUGGAGCAUGCGUUGCGCAUCGACCGUGUCUUCCGCCAGCCUCAGGGUCACCUCAUUCUCAUUGGAGUUAGUGGUAGUGGUAAGACAACGCUGUCUCGUUUCGUUGCUUGGAUGAACGGUUUGAAGGUGUUCCAGAUCAAGGUGCAUGGUAAAUAUUCAUCGGAAGACUUCGAUGACGAUCUGAGAACCGUACUUCGUCGCGCCGGUUGCAAGGGCGAAAAGAUUUGUUUCAUCAUGGACGAAUCGAACGUCCUCGAUUCUGGUUUCCUGGAACGCAUGAACACUCUGCUUGCAAACGCGGAGGUGCCUGGUCUGUUCGAAGGAGACGAAUUCUCGUCUUUAAUGACCGCUUGCAAGGAGGGAGCCCAACGCCAAGGUCUCCUUCUCGACACGCAAGAGGAACUCUACAAGUGGUUCACUUCCCAGAUCGUCAAGAACCUGCAUGUCGUGUUCACGAUGAAUCCCCCCGAGGAAGGCCUUUCUUCGAAGGCUGCAACCAGUCCUGCCCUGUUCAACAGAUGUGUACUCAACUGGAUGGGCGAUUGGUCAGACCAGGCUCUCUUCCAAGUUGGCUCUGAACUCACGCAAUCCGUCGACUUGGAUAAGCCGAACUUUAUUGCUCCUGACAGUAUCCCCGUGGCCUACCGCGAGUUGAGCCUGCCAGCCUCUCAUAGAGACACAGUCAUCAACGCCAUGGUUUACAUCCAUUACUCGCUGCAAAGAUUCAACCAGCGUUUGCAGAAGCAACAAGGACGCACGACUUUCUUGACUCCGCGCCACUACCUCGAUUUUGUUGCUCAGUACGUGAAGCUCUUCAACGAGAAGCGCGAAGACCUCGAGGAACAGCAGAGACACUUGAACGUUGGUCUCGAAAAACUGAGAGAUACCGUCGAUAAGGUCAGCGAUCUUCGAGCCAGUCUUGCCCAGAAGAAGACGCAGCUGGAGAAGAAGGACACGGAAGCAAACGAGAAAUUACAGAAGAUGGUCGCAGACCAGCGAGAGGCGGAACAACGUAAAGCAGUUUCUCUCGAGGUUCAAGCUGCUUUGGAGAAACAGGAGGAGGAAGUGGCUUCCCGAAGGGAAGUUGUGCUCAGUGACCUUGCUAAAGCUGAGCCUGCCGUCAUUGAGGCUCAGAAGAGUGUCAGCAACAUUAAGCGCCAGCAUCUUACUGAAGUCCGUUCCAUGGGUAAUCCUCCUGCUAGCGUUCGACUGGCACUUGAAGCCGUCUGCACCCUGCUUGGCCACAAGGUCGACAGCUGGAAGACGAUCCAGGGUAUUAUAAGAAGAGAUGACUUUAUUGCUAGCAUCGUCAACUACGACAACGAAAGACAGAUGACUAGGAAUCACAGGAUCAAGAUGCGGAACGAAUUCCUUUCCAAGGAAGAUUUCACCUAUGAGAGAGUCAACAGGGCUAGUAAGGCUUGCGGUCCUUUGGUGCAAUGGGUCGAAGCUCAGGUGAACUACUCCGAGAUCUUGGACCGUGUUGGACCUCUGCGUGAAGAGGUUGAUCAGCUCGAGGAACAAGCCCUGCAGACCAAGGCCGAGGCCCAAACCAUUGAGAACACCAUCAAGGGUCUUGAAGACAGUAUCGCUACAUACAAGGCUGAAUAUGCUGCGCUUAUUAGCGAAACUCAAGCGAUCAAGACGGAGAUGUCCAGAGUGCAGUUCAAGGUUGAUCGAAGUGUGCGCUUGCUCGACAGUUUGUCAUCAGAGCGGACCCGUUGGGAGGAGGGAAGCAGGUCUUUUGAAACUCAAAUCAGCACUCUUGUUGGAGAUGUCCUCAUCGCGGCAGCCUUCCUUGCUUAUGCUGGUUUCUAUGAUCAACAGUUCCGUAAGGCCAUGAUUGAUGAAUGGGUCACUCACCUGACGCAAGCGGGCAUCAACUUCAAGCCACACAACCCGAUUACCGAGUACUUGUCCAAUGCCGAUGAACGUUUGGCUUGGCAGGACCACUCGCUGCCGGUUGAUGACCUUUGCACCGAGAACGCCAUCGUUCUGAAACGCUACAACCGGUACCCCUUGAUCAUCGAUCCUUCGGGCCGUGUCACCGAGUUCUUGGAGAAGGAGAGCACCGACAGGAAGCUUACUGUUACUAGCUUCUUGGAUGAUUCGUUUGUCAAGCAACUGGAGAGUGCUCUGCGUUUCGGAAACCCCAUCCUCAUCCAGGAUGCUGAGCAUCUUGAUCCUAUUCUCAACCAUGUUCUCAACAAGGAAUACCAGAAGACGGGUGGCCGUGUUCUCAUUCAACUUGGAAAGCAGGAGAUCGAUUUCUCGCCAUCCUUCAAGCUCUUCCUGUCGACGAGAGAUCCUUCUGCCACCUUCCCACCGGACGUAUGCAGUCGCACAACCUUUGUCAACUUCACUGUCACGCAGAGCAGUUUGCAGACCCAGUCUCUCAACGAGGUCCUAAAGUUCGAGCGUCCAGAUGUAGACGCGCGUCGUACCGACCUGGUCAAGUUGCAGGGCGAGUUCAAGAUCCACCUGCGUCAGCUCGAGAAGCGACUCUUGCAAGCACUGAACGAGUCGCGCGGUAACAUUCUUGACGAUGACAAUGUCAUCGAGACCCUCGAGACUCUGAAGAAGGAGGCAGCAGAAAUCUCCAAGAAGAUGGUGGAAACCGAGGGAGUCAUGACCGAAGUUGAAAAUAUCACGCUCAACUACAGCAUCAUUGCCCGUUCUUGCAGUGCUGUUUUCGCAGUCCUGGAGCAACUGCACCAUGUCAACCAUUUCUACCAGUUCUCCCUGCAGUUUUUUGUUGAUAUCUUCAACUCUGUUCUCUACCAGAACAAGCGCCUCGCGCAAGAAAAGGACCACGCUGCACGCGUGCAGAUCAUUCUUCGCGACCUCUUCGUGACAACUUACCAGCGUACUUCAUUGGGACUGAUCCAGAAGGACCGCAUCACAUUUGCUAUGCUUCUUGCCCAAGCAGCCCCCUACCCUAUGGACAAGAGGAUCAUCGAUAUGAUCCUUGAUGAGUCGAUGGAGAGCGUGGACCUGUCAACUUCACCUGAACUCAAGGAGCAGGUCUUGAACAAGAUUGCCAAUAUGUCGCUCUACAAGUCGAUCUUCCCUACGAUCACCACCGAGCAAUGGGAGCAGUUCUUUAGCGAUGAGCUCGCGGAGAACUCAAUCCCUGUUGUCUGGGAAGAGACCACAGAGAACAUUGACAGGCUGCUGCGCUCAUUGUUGCUUGUGAAGCUCUGCAGAAUGGACAGAUUCGUGCCAACUGCGGAGCGCUUCAUCGAGGCCGUCUUUGGCAGAGAACUCUUCGAGGGAAGCACCGACUUGAAGGAUAUUGUUAGCCAAGUCACAGCAACUACGCCAAUCGCCCUCAGCUCCAGCCCUGGUUUCGACGCCAGUUACAAGGUCGAUGCUCUUGUCGAGCGCAUGAACGCAACCUGCGCCAACAUCGCGAUGGGUUCAAACGAAGGUCUUGAGAGUGCUGAUAAGGCAAUCAGCAAUGCAGCUGCCGCAGGUAACUGGGUUCAAGUCAAGAACGUACACCUGGCGCCGUCAUGGCUGCAAAGUUUGGAGAAGAGGCUCGAGUCACUCAAGCCUCACAAGGACUUCAGACUCUUCCUUUCGAUGGAAUCGAGUCCCAAGAUCCCAGUCAACCUCCUUCGUGCUUCUCGCGUGCUCAUGUACGAGCAGCCUGCUGGUGUGCGCGCCAACAUGAAGGAUUCUCUCUCCUCGUUGUCUACCCGGGCCUCCAAGGCACCGGUUGAAAAGGCUCGUGUUUACCUCCUUCUGUGCUUCUUGCAUGCAGUGGUGCAGGAGCGACUCCGCUACGCCCCAAGCCUGGGCUGGAAGGGAUUCUGGGAGUUUAACGACAGUGAUUACGAAUGCUCCGCCCACAUCAUCGACUACUGGGUUGACACCAUCGCCCAAGGCCGAUCCAAUGUGGCUCCUCAGAAAUUGCCCUGGGACAUGAUCCGCACUCUCGUGACCGAGACCUACGGCGGCAAGGUCGAUGACUUCGCCGACUUUAAGCAGCUCGAGAGCCUGGUGACUAACCUUCUUACACCGGCCGCUUUCGAGGACGAGCACAAGAUCGUCUCAGGUGUCGAGAAUGACGACUGCCUUACCCUGCCUGGUGGAACAAGCAUCCGGGACUUUGUCGAAUGGGUCAACAAGCUACCGGAGCGUGAACCCCCGACGUACUUGGGUCUGCCGGCUAAUGCGGAGAAAUUGCUCCUGGUCGGACAUGGUAAUAAGAUGAUUUCGGAUUUGUCUAGGGUGACGACGUUGUUGGAUGAGGGAGAGCAGUUGAUGAUUGAGGCUUGAUUUGAGGGGUGAUAAUAGAAUUUUGGGGUUGUGUGACAUCGCUUGUUUAUCCUGUAUCUGAUAGAUUUUACAUUGCGUUCAAUUUUAGAUCGUUGGUCUACUCUAUUUCAUUUUACUUGUAUGUUUUCUGCUACCAUUUCUGGUGAUGCCAAUGCCAUACGAAAUGGAUAGAUGAGUGUCUUAAAGGUCAAUCUUC